GGCACCGCUGGUACGCUCGGAUCAGACGACGAGAGGGCGAUGUCGGGGCAUUACAACCAUUGUGCGGCUCGCUGGUGUUCAAAUAAUGGGAGGAAUACUUCAGCGAGGUUCUUUCGAUUUCCCAAAGACGACAGAUAUGCUGUGCGGCUGGAUUAUUCAAACAGGAUGGACCUGGCGGAGCUUCCGAAAGAGCAAGUGCACCGAAGCCAAUACCUCUGCUCUGACCAUUUCACAGAUCGUGAUUAUGCCGAUCCACUCAAAAGGAAACUCUUGUGGUCAGCAUUGCCAUCUGUGAGGGUCAGGAGUUGGUUCCUGACAGCCACAGAGCCUACUGCACCACAGAGCCUCAUAUCAUCCUGACAGCAGCCAUCUCCUCUGGAUAAAGGUACCACAGGAGAGUCAGUUCUAAAAGCAGUGGCUAUGGAGCACCAACUCUCGCUUGAACCGGGGCCGUCAAGGCUACAGGAAGGCAACCUGCACUUAAUUUUAAAAGAUGUCGUCUCUGGAGCUGGCUAGCUCUUUCUCGACAAAGAAGUCCGGCACCUGAAAUUGACUGUGAAACCACCAUUCCCGUACCACUAGAUGUUUUGCUAAAUGCUGAGGGCUUUUCUUUUGGGAGAAACUUGCGUGUCAGAAGUGGACAAGGAAGUGACAGGUGACAGGGAUGACUGCUCAAAUGGUGACAGUGGCAGCCCAUGUAUGGCUGAUGGCAUGGACUGUUUUUUGGAUGAUGAGGGCACUGUUGCUACCAGGACCAUCGGACUCCAAACAGAAGAAUGCAACACUGAAGCAACCACCUUUUCAUCAUUUUUAUGUCACAUGACUCGGGACGGGGUGGCAACCGGAGUUGCUCACAAAGCAGCUGACUCGGCACCCACAGCAACUCCAAGUAGUCCAAGAGAAGCACCCAAGAAAUGGCACAUAUCUUACAUUGUUUACUGAAAUCAAAAGAUGCACAACAGAUGUUACUUCAUAUGUGCAAAUGUAAAUUAUAUCGAUAAUGUACAUCUGAAGUUUUGGUAAGCUGCCUUUUAAGACUGAUGCCAUUCAUGUUGAAUCAAGCUAUGCCAGGUGUACGGCUUGCAAAAAAAAAAAAGUACUAAAACAACAGACAGUCUGUUAUUCCGUGCAAUGUUUCUGGCUCUGCGUUUUAUGUGGAAGCCUGUAUAGCUGGAAUCAGAACUGUCAUGCAUUACAACUGCUACAGCCGCUGUGCGAGCUUUGUGCUGUUAUCUCAUUACAGAAUUGCACUGUAAUGAAGUCUUCCAUUCUAUCCUUAUGCCUAAUUUUCUCCAGUUCACAUGCUGUGAAGACACUUUUUGCAUCAGACAUACUAAAAUUGAUUGAAUGUGCAAGAACUGCCUUACCUGAACAUAGUGCUGUUAGAGCAGUACAAAAUAUGCAGUGUUAUGUCAAUGUUUUAUAGUACAUUUCAAUGCCACUGACUUAUGCACUGCAGUCUAAUCAUGGUACUACAGAAAGCAACCUUGUGUGUAAAGAUUUAAAUUAAUGCAUGAACUCAGACCUGUGUGGAACACAAGCAGUGACACAGAAUGUCACUUUUCUUGAAUUUAAAAGAAAAAAAAAGUUUCAACUUUAUUUACAGUUGAAGCGUUUACGGGAAGGAGAGACUUCCUGGUUAAUGAUGGGAGCAGUCCCCGCUUUCUCUUUGCAAAUACAAGCAGUACAUGUUUGCACUAACACAAGUGGAAAUAAAUUGAUUGGUUGCAGUUUAUCAUAAAGAAUAUCAUGCUUCACAACUCAAAAGUGGCAAUGCAUAUUGCAAAACCAAGUGGAAUUAAAGUAUCAAAAUUCAAAGAAUGUCCCAAAUGCAUGGAACAGCCCUGCAUUUUUGGAAUAUCUUGAAAUAUUUGCCAUACCAUUUUGAUGCUAGUACAAGCAAUAAAGAGCCAAAAGAUUAUGCUUGCUUCAAAUUUUUACAUUGUGCUAGGGCAGUUGUAAUAAUCAGCAAGUUAAGUUUCUAAAGAACAGCACCCUAGAAUGAGAGGACUUGUUCGACAGUUUCUGUCAUUCUAAAUAUGCACUUUGACCUGUUUCAUGUGUGUAUUUGCACCUGUGUUUUCACAUAAAAACU